CAACGAAGACAUUCACUUUAAAACAGUCACUCUUUUGAGAGCGAACGAACGCAAUCAAUUUAUUAUAUUUGAACGGAAACAUUUCAUAAUUAUUGGAAAGAUUUUACGUAUAUAUCUUUCCACUAGCCUCGCAAACACUGAAGUAGUUUCUUGUGAAAGGUCAUGAUUCAUCAGAGUGCAUAACACCAAAAAAUACCAACAAAAAAACCAAAAUGUCGCUAAACCAAAUUUUAAACUUCAUGUGCUUUGCUGUAUGUUGCAUGGCUGUAGCAGCUAGAACGGGACCAUCACACGACAAAGUCGUUGUAUGUUAUUUAUCAACAUGGGCUGUGUAUCGCCCGAACCGUGGUUCUUACUCCAUCGACAAUUUCGAUCCGAAUUUGUGUACUCAUGUCGUUUAUGCAUUUUCCGGUCUGGAUUCUAAAACGGAUACUAUCAAAUCACUUGAUCCAUGGCAGGACCUAAAGGAUGACUAUGGCAAGGGUGGUUAUGAACACUUGACAUCGUUGAAAAAGAAUCACCCACAUUUGAAAGUUACGUUAGCCGUUGGUGGGUGGAACGAGGGCUCUAAAAACUAUUCGAUAAUGGCUGCUGAUCCGAGUCGAAGAACGAGAUUUGUUAAAAGUGCGCUGGAUUUCGUAAGGAAAUUUAAUUUCGAUGGGUUGGACUUAGAUUGGGAAUACCCAACUCAGCGCGAUGGCGAACCAGAGGAUCGUGAAAAUUUCGUUCAUUUAGUAAAAGAGUUGAAAGACGCACUGAAGCCACACAAUCUGUUACUAACGAGUGCCAUUGGUGCAUCGAAAAAAGUCAUCAAUGAAGCGUAUAAUGUCCGUGAACUAUCAAAAUAUUUGGACUUUUUGCACAUUAUGUGUUACGAUUAUGGCGGCAACUGGGACAGAAAAAUAACCGCAAAUGCUCCGCUUCACAGUGACGAUGAACUAAACGUUGAAACAACCAUCAAACAUCUGAUAAAAUUGGGAGCAAGUCCGUCCAAAAUUGUAAUGGGAGUGCCGUUCUAUGGACGCACUUUCAUAACGGAAUCAGAUGGAAAUUACGGUGAUCCAUCUUCCGAAGUGCCAUUCCAAGGACCAUUUACGCGAGAGAACGGUUUCUUGGGAUAUAAUGAAAUUUGUGCGUUGCUAAGCAAUCGAUCGGCUAAAUGGACCACCACGUGGGACUCAGCAACAUCGCAGGGUAUCGCUCGAUUCAGAGAUGAAACAACCGGUGAAACUAAGGUGGUUGUUUAUGAUAGUACGCGAUCCAUUGCCAAGAAGAUGAGAUUCGCAAUGGAAAAUAAAUUGGGCGGAAUUAUGACAUGGUCGAUAGACACCGACGACUUUUUAGGUGAUUGUGAUAUGGAAACAGAAACGUUUGACGAUUUCGGUAAUGCGGCUGGUGUUAAACUGACGUUCCCCAAACGAGUCAACUCCAAUUAUCCGUUACUGAGAACGAUAAACGAAGGCAUUAUAAUUGCAUUGGAUGAAAUCGAUCAAGAAAAUGCAAUCAGAGAGAGUGAAGUUGAUAAUGAAAUUUCGCAUGGUGAUGAGAAUGGUAAUGGUGGAAAUUUGUGUAGUGCUGUGCCAACAAAUGUACUUGUUGUUGUUGCUUCUCUAUCGUGUUUUAUGUUGUGUCGCUUUUUAUAAAGGAAAUAGACUUUGAGAAUAAAUGGAAAAUUUUAAACAGGGAAAA